AUGAGUCAUCUUUUCCUGAGGGUUCUAAUGGGGAAAAUGGUUUGCCAAGCUAUGUGGCAUUGAAGUCCAUAAGCAAUGAGGGAUUGUCUGGGUUUGAGUUGAUGAAUGGUUGUGAUUUGUUUAAUGGAAGAUGGGAUGAAUGGAAGGAACAUGUUGGGAUUAUUGAGAGGAAAGCGUCUAAUUUUUUGUCUUCUUAGGAAUUCAGUGGAUGAUAAGAGCAGAGUUUUUGAAGCUUCUGGCAGGAGUGAAUUUUGUACAGAGGGCGCCUACUAUUUUGUAUUCAAGGAUAACAAUUAUUCAGUGGAGUUUGUUCAAUCACCAUUUCUAGUUCCAGAAUCGGAGGUGCUAACCAUAAAUGGGUCAAAGAAGGAAACCCGCCUGGAUAUGGUUCAGAGAUCCUUGGAUAAGUACAGAAGUGCAGAUGUUCUUGUCUUCAACACAGGUCACUGGUGGACUCAUGAGAAAACUUCCAGAGGGCAGGGUUACUAUCAAGAGGGUGCUAUUCAACUGAAUGUUAAAGAGGCGUAUGGAAAAGCUAUAACAACAUGGGCCAGAUGGCUGGAUGCUAAUAUAAAUCCUGAAAAAACUAUUGUUUUCUUCCGGGGCUAUUCACCUAAUCACUUUAGCGGUGGAAGAUGGAAUACUGGAGGUCAAUGUCAUGGUCGGACAGAGCCAAUUCAAUACGAGGCAUACAAAGGAAAAUAUCCGGCAAAGAUGAAAAUACUGGACUCAGUAAUUAGGGAAAUGAAGACUCCAAUCUUUUAUCUGAAUGUUACAAAAAUGACUGAUUUUCGGCGGGAUGCUCAUCCAUCCAUUUACAGAAAGCAGAAUUUGACAGAGGAGGAGAGACAGCUGUCUUUGCGAUCCCAGGAUUGUAGUCAUUGGUGCCUCCCUGGUGUUCGUGAUACAUGGAACGAGCUUCUAUAUGCUCAUCUCCUUAGAUAUAUCCAGCAUCGGAGGAGACCAUAGGAGAAAGCUAAUCAUCUGUGAAUCUUUUUGUCUACAGUAUUCUUUUGUUGUUGUACUGGUCAUCACUCAUUACACUGCAGAAGAUGAAAUCCAGCAAAGACAUUCUACAUUUGGCAAAGGUUGAUGUGUACUUGGAGGUAGGCAGGGAUUACCAGUAGAAGUUACACCGACAAUAUUACAUUGUAAAGUUAACUUGAAGGACAAGUCUCUUUUUACUAUAAGCCGAUAUUUUUGCUCAGUUUUA